AUGGCUCCAUGCUCCCGAUCAACAUCAAGCAGCCGUCUAACCCCCAGCCGACGCCGUUCCAGCAGCGCCUCUAAAUCAAAUACAUCAGCGACGUCAGGCGAACUCUUCGACCAAGCACAGCACAAGAAGUACCGACUGAAAGUCACAGCAGGCACUCAAUAUUACCCGUCAACCCAUCAGGUGGUCCCCGUGAACGGCGACGAAACGGUACGCAUAGAUAAUGACCUUGCGACGGUCAGCUUGGCUGUUAGGAUCCAGGGUUAUAACGGUACCUCCCUUCCUGCCCCCAACCUUCCAUACAUGAACCUGAAUACUAAUUGGAAGAUAGGAUACCCCGACACCUCCCCAACAACCCACCCCAUCUUUACCCACCCCACCCACACAACAGACCAAUACUCCCUAACCUUCAGCAUCAUUUUCAAAAAGCCCGUCAACGGCAACGAUCUCCUCUUUGGCCACGACUUCGACCGCCCCAUCCGCGACCGCCUACCGCCCGGCUUCAACACUGCCCUCCGCCUCGUAAAAUGGUCCAUCGAUCCCUCCAUGGACGGUGAUGCGUACGCGGAUAAACCGUACCUGUUUAGCCCCGCGCUUGCGUCGUGGAAUCAGUUCCGGGUUGGGAAUAAGGUGAAGAGUGGGGAUGAGGUGCCGAGGGUCAAUGGAGUUGUUGUGCAGGAGGGGGAUGAGGGGGGUGAUGCUGGAAAAGUAAGGGAGGAGGCCGGGGUGCCGGGGGAUGCGAGUGAGAGAAUGAAGUUUUUCCAGGGGGAGGAGGAGAGGAAGAAGUUUGUGUUUGAGGAGGGGAGGGUUUAUAGUGUUGGGUUUGGGAAUCCGUAUUUGGUUUUUAAUGACUUCUCGCUGCGGUUACCUGGGUUUACGUUGCAUGCUACUAAGUAUGUUGAUGAGAAGAAUCAUGAUUUGCGGUAUGUGUUGAAGAAUCGGGAGACGGGGGAAGUUUACUUUGUUGUAUUGUUUACUCUUGUUCUUGUUGGGACGGAGCAAGAGAAGGAGCAUAUAAAAGAGGCUGAGGACGGGACGAAAGAAACCAAGGAGAAAGAUGGGAAUUUGGGGAAGAUUGGUUGGGAGGCCUAG